AUGGCUACGAGAAAAAGGAGUGGCUCAGGGUCUAAAAGACACCUAAAAGAAAAAGUUGUUCAGAUCUACGAAUCAUUCUUCCGAGGAGAAGACUUGACUAGUGAUAAUCCAACAUUCUGGGAUGAAUUCUUUCUCCUCAAACCCAAAAUUCCUCAAUUGGAAGCCGAAAUACAAAAAUUGACACCAGAUCAAUUAACAAAUAUGGAAGAUAACAUUAAUUUACUUGUUAUUCAAUGUAUUGAAAUGUUAGGACAAGAACACCACAUAAGAUUAGUUUAUGCACUCCAGACAUUUAGUGCAUUAUUGACCACAAUGUAUCAAAGAGUUGCACAAGACCCUAGCAUCAAUAUUAAAACAAUCCUUUUAGGCACUGAGAAUCCAAAUAGCAAAAUGCAGAAAUUAUUGGAACACUGUAAUUCAGUUAUGUCAGGUGAUGUUCCAGACAGCUUAAAGUCAAUGGUUCUCAAACUUCUAUUAAUUAUAGCUACUGGAAUUGAUAACAUUGAUGACAAUCCACUUGUUGAAUACUUAAUGAUGCAUUCAUUAUUUGAACCAUUAAUACACCUCUUGUGCACCUCUACUGAGAGACAGCAACAUGGAUAUGAUGUGGUACUUCUUCUGAUGUUCCUUGUAAACUAUAAGAAACAUGAGGCAGCCAAUCCAUAUGUAGUGAAACUAUCCAUACUAGAUGAUGAACUUGCGCUCAAUGGGUAUGGCCAAGUUAUAACAGCAGCAUUGAACGAUUAUGUUAUGACCACAUUUGGUGGUAUGCAAAAUAAUACGGGGGGCUGGUUAAGUUCACUUACUAGUAUGGUUGGGGGAAUAUUUUUAACAAAUGAUGAAACACAGCCAGUAUUUCGAGGACAGAGAAGUAGUGGCGGUGAAGAGGGUAUGUUGAUGGCGCUAUAUGAGGCAGCACAUCUCAACAGAAACUUUAUGACAACUUUGGCCCACUCUUCCGCUACUGCAUCAGCUCCGCCUUCACCUCCCGCCACCUUACCGCCGCACCAGAGCCCACCAAACUUAGCCCAGAUUCAAGCUUUAAUUGAUAAUGAACAGCCAACUAACCUUCUAGUCACUUUCUUUCAAUAUUGUUCAAUAGUAAUGGCUGACACUCGGACGGAAGCCAGCAUUAAUAAGUGCAACCUGUGUUUUAUUACCCUUACCUGUAUAGUAGAAGAGCAGUUUGCCAACUCUAUUAUGCACGACCAAAACUUGACAUUCAAAGUACAGCUUUAUAGGCUCCCUAUGCGCCAUAGGAAGAUAGUUCCUGAAGAGCCACCAUCGCAACCGUUAGCAUCUACACUAAUCGAUUUAUUAGUGGAAUUUAUGAUGUGUCACCUCCUAAAGAAAUUUCCUGGUGAGUUGUACGAAGUGUGCGUCGGUGUACUGCAGCGCGUACUCAGCUACCAGAAGCGGUGUCGAGUGCGCCUUUCGCGUGACUGGAGACCACUGUGGGCCGCCCUAAUAGCUCUUCUUAAGUUCCUCGCCACGAAUGAAACCGUGCUACUGAGGAGACACAAUAUCUUCUCGAUGGCUCAACAGGUCGUGAAUAUUUUUAACCUGUUCAUAACAUUCGGUGAUACAUUCCUGCCUACGCCAGCGUCCUAUGACCAAUUGUACUACGAACUCAUCAGGAUGACACAAGUCUUCGAUAACCUCUUUUUCAUGGCAUUACGGUACUCUACGGGAGAUGGUGAAUUUAAGGCGGAAGCUCUCCGAUUGGCCAACUGUUUGGUCAACGUACGCGCUAUUACGCUCCACUUUUCACCUAAGAUCGACGCUUGGCUUGCAUCACAAAAUCUGUCUACGCCUACUGAGGACCAGAUUCUUGAAGUAGUGAGGAAGAACUACGAUAGUCUCAUAUUGAAAUUGCAAGAAGGCUUGGAAUCCUAUGAGCGUUAUUCGGAGAAGAGCUACCGAGCGUUGCUAUCAAAACUGGUAAAGGGUGCCGCAGCUUUUGCGCGGCAACGAAGCGACGCUGCGGCUUUGGGUCACCAUUCUGCGGCACUUAUAUCGCACUACACCACGCUUCCAGUGCCUACAAUAUGUUAG